AGAGAGUGAGACGGGGAGGGAGGAAAGAUCAGACCUCCCCUUUAACCUGUGGCAGCAGUAGCAGCGUUCUUGAUCCAUGACAGUGAAACAGCAAGUGCUUGGUGUCCAUACGUCUGUGAGAUUCAUCUGGAGGAUUCAGCAUCCACGCUAAACUACCAGAUGCAAAGAGAUUAUUAUGAGGAAGCCAUUAGAGACUCUGGACCCUGCAAGGAAUCGGGGAGUAUAUUGUUCCUGUCAGGUUUAAGUAGAUCCAUAGAUUUCAGACCACCGGACCCCCAAGCUGCCCGUCAACCAUGGAUCCAACGUUCCCCAGUGUCAAACUGGGGUCAGAUUGCACCCCUCUGCAGCGGAACAGCAAGCGCCAUCGAGUGCAUCAUGUCAGGAGGAAACUACGUCCUUCUCGGAUUUUUGGUUUUAUCCUGAGCAUCUCUGCCCUCUCAUUGUUCCUGUCUUGGAGUGCCUUUACUUUCACUUUGGGCCCAUUCCCAAGAUGGACGCCACUCACCUCUCUCACCAACCAUGAUGGACUUGCAGAGCCAGUGCCACACAGAACUGUCCUAUCUUCCGACGAAGAGCACAAUGUUUCGGCAGAUGCGCCCAUCGCUAUGGCCUCGUCCGAUGAGCACAAGGGAGACUAUCCAGAGGAUCUGUUCACACUGGAGGAGAGGAGGCAAGGUGCAGUCGUGCUGCAUAUGUUCGGCAUGAUGUACAUGUUCAUUGCCCUUGCUAUCGUCUGCGACGAGUUUUUUGUCCCCGCUCUCACCGUAAUCACAGAAAAAGUGGAGAUCUCGGAUGACGUAGCGGGUGCCACCUUCAUGGCCGCUGGAGGCUCUGCUCCCGAGCUCUUCACCUCUGUGAUCGGUGUGUUCGUCUCACACAGCAACGUGGGCAUCGGGACCAUCGUGGGUUCUGCUGUCUUCAACAUCUUGUUCGUCAUCGGGAUGUGCGCUCUCUUUUCACGCGAGAUCCUCAACCUCACCUGGUGGCCUCUGUUCAGAGAUGUCAGCUUUUAUAUCAUUGGACUAAUUAUGCUUAUUGUUUUCUUCCUGGAUAACUACAUUACCUAUGUCGAGAGCAUUGGACUGUUACUCUGUUACGCAAGCUAUGUCACUUUUAUGAAGUACAACAUGACUGUAGAGACUGCAAUCAAGACUAAAUUAUUCAGGAAUCAAGUGGAUGACAUUGAAGCUCCUCCUAAGUAUAUCACAGUGGUUCUCAACAAGGGUGCCGGGGCCCACUUGAGGGUCCUCAGCAAAUUUCCAACAGAUUAUUAUGAGGAAGCCAUUAGAAACUCUGGACCCUGCAAGGAAUCGGGGAGUAUAUUGUUCCUGUCAGGUUUAAGUAGAUCCAUAGAUUUCAGACCACCGGACCCCCAAGCUGCCCGUCAACCAUGGAUCCAACGUUCCCCAGUGUCAAACUGGGGUCAGAUUGCACCCCUCUGCAGCGGAACAGCAAGCGCCAUCGAGUGCAUCAUAUGGACGCCACUCACCUCUCUCACCAACCAUGAUGGACUUGCAGAGCCAGUGCCACACAGAACUGUCCUAUCUUCCGACGAAGAGCACAAUGUUUCGGCAGAUGCGCCCAUCGCUAUGGCCUCGUCCGAUGAGCACAAGGGAGACUAUCCAGAGGAUCUGUUCACACUGGAGGAGAGGAGGCAAGGUGCAGUCGUGCUGCAUAUGUUCGGCAUGAUGUACAUGUUCAUUGCCCUUGCUAUCGUCUGCGACGAGUUUUUUGUCCCCGCUCUCACCGUAAUCACAGAAAAAGUGGAGAUCUCGGAUGACGUAGCGGGUGCCACCUUCAUGGCCGCUGGAGGCUCUGCUCCCGAGCUCUUCACCUCUGUGAUCGGUGUGUUCGUCUCACACAGCAACGUGGGCAUCGGGACCAUCGUGGGUUCUGCUGUCUUCAACAUCUUGUUCGUCAUCGGGAUGUGCGCUCUCUUUUCACGCGAGAUCCUCAACCUCACCUGGUGGCCUCUGUUCAGAGAUGUCAGCUUUUAUAUCAUUGGACUAAUUAUGCUUAUUGUUUUCUUCCUGGAUAACUACAUUACCUAUGUCGAGAGCAUUGGACUGUUACUCUGUUACGCAAGCUAUGUCACUUUUAUGAAGUACAACAUGACUGUAGAGACUGCAAUCAAGACUAAAUUAUUCAGGAAUCAAGUGGAUGACAUUGAAGCUCCUCCUAAGGAAUCAGUAUAUCAGCAUCAUGUUUUUGUGGUUCUAAUCUCAAAGGCUGAAGAGGAGGAAGAUGAAGACCAGCCUCUGAGCUUGGCUUGGCCAGACACACUGAGGAAGCAAGCAACAUACCUCUUCAUCUUCCCCAUCGUCUUUCCAUUGUGGCUGUCGCUGCCAGAUGUCCGCAGAGAUGUCGGUGAGACUAUUGGAAUCACAGAAGAGAUCAUGGGUUUGACUAUUCUAGCGGCUGGUACCUCCAUUCCUGAUCUCAUCACCAGUGUUAUUGUUGCCCGGAAGGGUCUCGGCGACAUGGCCGUCUCCAGCUCAGUCGGCUCCAACAUAUUUGACAUCACCGUUGGCCUGCCUUUUCCAUGGCUGGUCUUUUCAAUCCUGAACGACCUGACUCCAGUGACCGUGAGCAGCAACGGCCUGUUCUGCGCCAUCGUUCUGCUCUUCCUCAUGCUCCUCUUCGUCAUUAUCUCCAUCGCUGUGUGCAAGUGGAAGAUGAGCAAGCUGCUGGGUUUCUUCAUGUUCCUGCUCUACUUUGUGUUCCUGGUGGUCAGCGUAAUGCUGGAGGACAAGAUCAUCAUCUGCCCGGUCUCCAUUUGAUUCCUUUAUCGUAUACGCCCUUGUUCUUUUUCUGGGAACAGACUCCUAUUUAUUGGGCAUCCGAAUGAUAACAUGAGAGCUUGACCGCAGCUGCGCUGUGGCACUGCAUCUUUAUAUCCACCGAAAUCUGAGUAGCAGGGCUUUCCAAGCAGUAGUUUGUUAUGGGAAAGUAGUGCAAUAUUCUGCAUGCACUCUCAAAAGCAGUACAUGUAGACUUGAUGUACUGUAGAUUUUAGCCAUUUUUAAUACGCUGUAUGAAGAGGAUGGACUUUAAGAGCAAGGAGACACAACAUCCAGUGAGGAGGUGGACAUCUAUGGGGAGUGUCCACAGACUCAGGAAAGGACCUUUGGUGAAAAUAUGCAAUAAUAAAUCGAUCACGAUCCUGGGACUGUGCUUUAAAGCUCAUGAUAUCAUAAGCCUUGUGUUGCACAAUAACUUGAAAAGAAGGAUGAAACAAAGCUUUAUAUUUGCUUUGCCUGAACGCUGGUCCUUUCUGAUUGUUACUUGAGCAUUUUCAUUCGGAGCAUAUCAUAUCUUUUAUUGAAUAGACUUGUAGACGUAGUCAGAAGUCUAUUCUUAACAAAAUAUUUAGGACUAAAUUUCAGAUUUAUGUUGUCGAAUUGCAUAUAAAACUUCUGUCCAUUUGGAUGACAAAGUUUUAACAAACUAAUAAACUUCAUGGAAUGCAUAUGAGGGUUAUUAUAGGUUAACUAAAAUGGCAACGACAAAAAUAUUUUUGU